UGUAUUCAGUAAAUACAUAUUAUAUUUGGCUAUUUCAUAUGGAGUUUGUAGGCCUACGGAUAUCGAUUUUUCGGCCAAACUUUUGAUUAUAAAGACUGCAGUUCUCUAGAAUUGUAUGUUGCAAGCUGUAUUCCCUGAUCUAUUCCCAUUGAUAUUUGUUCUGAUUCUAAAUGUAUUGAUACAACUCUGUAACAUUUCAACACAAAACAUACUCGUGUUAAAAAUAAUACAUUACAUUGAUAGCUGGGAUUGAUAAGAAAAAGGUUUUACUUAACAAGAAUGAAUCGCAUGAGAAUAUUUAAUUACGCAGCACUAUUGCACAUUGCAGCUCUUCUUAUUGAUGUUAACGACGGCAUCAAAGAAGACAUCUUUGUCAAUCUUCAAGAAUUCAACCAAAAGGAUAGCAUUACAAACUGUACCCAUGGCCUGCUGGCACAGAUUGAUAGGUUGGGCCUCAAAGCAUUCCUGCAGUACACAGGAGCAAAUGAUUAUGCUAAAACUGUCGUGGAAAUUGUAUCCAUAGAAAUGAAGGAUAGUAAGAGUAGAGUCUAUUCAGUGUUGCAAGAGAUAUCGUUUUCAAGAUGCUUACAGAGAACGAGCUAUUUUGUGCGCUGUGAAAAGAUUACUGACAAUAAGUAUCAAAUCAGCAUUCAGAUGUUAGCCAAGGCAUUAAUGAAUAAAGCCAUUCUUUUGAUCGCGAUAUCUAAUGGAACACAUCGUAUACAAAGUAACAUUAUCAAUCUCCCUACUGUAUUUGAUCCAUUCAAUGUAGCUCUGUACGUGAACGGGAAAAAGCUAUCUCCCACUGAAUGUCUCAUUGAUUUGAGUCAUACCAAACAGAUUACAUUUUGCUGUGACUUAAAUGCCCCCUCUGCAACGAUGGCUACAAUUUAUCAUAACGGUGCGGCCGUAGCAGAGUCAGAAAGGUGUGCGGCUCAUUUUGCUGAGACCAAUGCGAAUGAUGAUUCAAUGAGUUUUUUAUGCAGCUAUUGUAACGCACGCACUGAGAAUAUCACAUGUCGCCUGAUAUUCGGUCAUACUGCAAUGGAGAAGAUUACAGAAAAUAAAGGAGCCGGCCACACAGUGGAAGAAGACAUCAACACUAUUGUGAUUCUUGUAGCCGUACAGAUUGUCGUUAUUGUCCUUGUCAUUAUAUUUAUAACCUUUCUUGCAAUUUACCUGAGGCGUAAGAAAUUUAGAUCGCUGCAAAAAUCGACAUUCCAGCUAGAUGUUGAUGCAGAAAGUACAGAAAUGGAGGAACCAUUACAAUACUCUGGACAAAACUUUCAUGAAACGACUCCAGUGGCUCAAACGAUUCGACAAAAUAUUCAAGACCAAGAUAAUGCAGAGCCAGAUGAACAAUUUUUGCUCUACCGGAAUUCACAAAGAGGUACUGGCCGAAGACACUCACUUCCAACAGUGCGUUUUACAACACAAUUAAUGGUUAACAACUAACUUCAAGAAUGGAAACAACUUUUUGAGGAAGAUGCCAAAUAGUGAUACCUAUCAAUUCAAAAGAAGAAUAUAUAUAUAUAUAUAUAUAUAUAAAUGUUUUGUUUUUUAAAUUAAUUUUUUGUUCCUAUGUAUCCUCAUGAUGUAGAAAGUCCUAUUAUUCACACCACUCUUACACCAAGUCAUGUGUUACUUGUUCUUGUCAAUUGAAAAGCUUUCUAUGGGAACCCACAUUAUAUGUCAUUUUCAUGUAGAUAGCCUUCACUGAUAUAUGGCAGAUUUUUUUCCAAUGUUUCCAGUUAGUUUUAAAGUAAUUCCCCUUUGUGUAAAUGAUUGAAUUCACCAUCAAGCCUCUAUAUGUAGGAACAUAAAAUUACAUGUCAAAUAGAACAAACACAAAAACUCUUUUGUUCCCCUGGUAAUCGUAUCAUUAAAUAGAAACUAUCUGAUAUAAACUUUUCGCAUGUAAAUUAUGAGGGAGUCUGGUGUGAAUGUAUAUUUUGGUUUUCUAUAAUUAUAAUUUUGUUUUGCUGAAAUGCACAAAAUGUAAGACCAAUUUCCUUAUGGAUAAUAGAGAUUAUUAUUAUUAUUAUGUUAGAAAUGAACGAGUAGUCAUUCUCUGGCGCUGCCAGGGUCAGGUUUCGUUAAAGAGAAACAAAAUUUAUCGUAGUCCCUUUAACAGUUUCCACUGAGGAAUUUUCUGGUGAUGUGGCAUGUCUGCAGCAGUACCGCCAUCUGACAGGCAACGAGGAUGUUCCUAGGAAUGUUAAGGGCCUUGAAGGUGUCUGUGAUGGUCAGUUAUUAUUAUCACCUCGGUUGAUAUAACAAUGGGGUAUAUUGUUAUUUUGGACAAUUUCCAUAGACGCUUAAUCUCCAAGCCUAGGUUCCCAUAUUUUCUUUGUUUUUCUCUCAUUUUUUCUUAAAUUAUUAUUAUUAUUAUUAUUAUAAAGCGCCAUCUCUUUGUAGAGCAUUGGAUAUGAUUUUGGAGCUUUGUAAUCAGAAACCAUUUGAUCAUCGACACUACAUAAAGAAUCUUUCACAAGUCAUAAGAAAAACAAACAUGAAUUUGCAGGGAUUUAUAAAACGUAUAAUGCACUGGUCAGGCCUUCGAUGUGUCUCGGAUUUGAAAGGUUAGUCGAGAGUUGCUAGAGAAGAAAAGUUUUUCCUAUAGAACAUUGAACUAUGUGAAAAAAAAAGUUCUCCUUUCAAACCUUGCAAACUAUAGAACAGAUGAUGUUAAGGUGGCCAACAGUUCACGAAGGUCUCAAGUGGCCAGCACACCGACCAACCGUUUUUACUUUCCCCAACUUAAGUCAGGUACCCAUUAGAGCUGGGUGAACUCAAAGGCACCCUAAAGUCCCGAAAUUUAAAAUCCCAGUCUUCACCUAGAUUUGAACCCAAGACGACGGCUUUGAAAGUCAAGUGCUUAACCGCUCAGCCACCGCGUCCCCUGAGCUAUGUAAUUGAAUAAUUUUGUUUUGAUUGAUGAUUCACAUGAAUGAUCUUGUUUUGAUGAUUUACAUAAACUAUAUUGUUUUGAUGAUUUACAUGAAUUAUCUUGUUUUGAUGAUUCACAUGAAUUAUCUUGUUUUGAUGAUUUACAUGAAUUAUCUUGUUUUGAUGAUUCACACCCAGGGUAACCUCUAAAUAAAGGCGGUUUGAGAUGAUGAGGAGUUUUAAGUUUUAUUUCAUCUUUUACAAACAAAUAUAAUUUUCCAAUUUUAUCCCUUUAUUGUUAUGAGGAUUUUUAAGGUUGAGUUCCAUUUCUUUAUAUUUUUAAAAAUGUAUUUCUUUAUUAUCCUAAUAUUGUCACAUACGGAAGUUUAUUAUUAUUCAUAAUGAAAUUAAAUAUCUUUCUGUUUAAA